AUGGGUGAUGGAAUUGUUACAGAAUACUUAUAUAUUAAUCGUGAAGCUGCCUGUUUACAGGAUUGGGCGGAAGAGAAUAGAAUGCCCUUAAACUUGGAAAAAACGUAUGAAAUGGUUGUUCGCAGACACACCUCUGUAGUUUUGCCUGAGCUUAUCCCUUCAAUUAAGCAAAAAACAAGGCUAAAGCUUUUAGGUGUUACUCUACAAGAUAAUCCGUGCAAUUGGGAUUUGCACUUCGAAGAAAUGUUCAAAAAAGCAAGUGGACGAAUGUACAUUAUGAGAGUUUGCAAAUACUAUGGACUAUCAAUUAAACAAUUAGAUCUGCUGUUUGAUAGCCUAAUUAUGUCCAUAUUCACUAUUGCUAUUGAGCUGUGGGGUUGUGCAUAUGACGGUAAAUAUUUGAACCAAAUAGAUAAAUUCGUUAAACGUGCACAUAAGAAUGGUUAUAUAUCAAAACGAACACACAUUAAAGAAAUACGUGAUAAGAGAGAUAAGAAACUGUGGAACAAAAUAACAUCAACUGAGGACAAUGCAUUGCUUGAACUGCUGCCGGAAAAAAGAAGUAGGUUACUUAGGCCAAGAGGGCAUGAGUAUGAACUCUCCCUAGUGAGAACAGAAAGAUUCAAAAGGUCGUUCAUAAAUCGUUGUCUGUAUAACUUUGUUUAGACUUUAAUGUAUUUAAAACAUUUUAAAACUUGCUCUCGUCGCUGUAAAAAUUACGUAUUGCCCGUGGGCAAUACGGGAAAAUCCUGCCUCGUCAGCAGCCAAUCAAAUUGCGCGAUUUAUCAAAACAAAUGCUUGCCAUAUAAUAAAAUAUUAUAUUUUUAUACACAUAGUUGGCUAAAGUAUACAGUAUGUAAAUAAUAAUAAAAUAUAGCAACGUAAUAUAAGCAUGUCCUACACCGAAUGACACCCUUCCUUCCCUGUAUAACCACCCUACACCAUCAUACACCAUCUGACAACCAUCAGACACACUUCGACCAUCAUACACCAUCAUACACCAUCUGACACCCUUCGACUAUCAUACACCAUCUGUACCAUCUUCAAGAUUUGACAACCCUUCCCAGUAUAACCACCCUGCACCAUCAUACACCAUCUGACAACCAUCUGACACACUUCGGCCAUCGUACACCAUCUGUACCAUCUGACAACCCUUCCAUGUAUAACCACCCUACACCAUCAUACACCAUCUGACAACCAUCUGGCACGCUUCGACCAUCAUACACCAUAUAUACCAUCUUCACCAUCUGACAACCGUUCCAUGUAUAACCACCCUACAUCAUCAUACACCAUCUGAAAAUCACAUCUGACACACUUCGACCAUCAUACACCAUCAUACACCAUCUGACACCCUUCGACCAUCAUACACCAUCUGGACCAUCUUCACCAUCUGACAACCCUGUGAUGAUGACGUCAACGUCACAUACCGUAUAUAGACAACAAUGCUUUGCGAGGACAUAAGCUAUACUGCAUGGCGAACAGAGCAUGGCGAGUUUGAUAUUAUUGUAUUUGAAAAACAACUUAUAGUUAAUAAAGCUUGGAUAUUACAUUUGGCGACGAGGAUUUUAAAUGUUGUUUACUAUGGCUGCAAGAGUAGACCUUCCAUCGAUGCCACAGUUUGAUCCUCAUGUAGAUUACAGCAGUUUAGCGACACGAUGGGAACAGUGGCUUAAGCGAUUUCACCUUUAUCUUCGAGCUGAAAAAAUCACCGAUAAAACACAACAACGAGCCCUUCUUCUAUACAUGGCUGAGCCCCAAGUACAAACAAUAUUUGAACGCUAGCUAAUACUGGAGGUGACGAUGACUUCAAAACAGCGGUUGAAAAACUGACAGAAUAUUUCAUGCCAAAAAAAAACCUCGAGUAUGAGAUUUAUAUAUUUCGCCAAGCCCGACAAACGACUGACGAAACAUUGGAUCAGUACCACACGCGCAUUCGAAAGCUUGCUACAACAUACGAGUUUACCGAUGCUGAUCGAGAAAUUAAACACAAAUCAUACAAAGCUGCGUUUCUACGCGUCUUCGGAGAAAAGCGCUUCGUGAUUCAACGCUUACUCUGA